UCAUGUUCAUGUUUGUUCAUGUUCAUGUUGUUGUUUUUGUUUUGUUUAUAGUUUAUGGUUUGGUCACGUUUGGUUAUAGACACAGUACAAAGCAGGAGUUUCUACUUCUACUUAUAUAUCUUAUCUAUGGCAGGAGUUGUUAUAGAUAGAUAGGUUAAAUGGUGAAAGAUGAAAGUUUGUUUAUCAAUUUUUCUCAGUGGACUCCCUUAGUUAAUUAAUACUACAGUUAUUUAAUAUGGAAUGCAAUGAAAAUAUUAACGAUUCUAGAAAUCAAGAAAUGUUUCCGUGUAUCAAAGAUGAAGGAGAUUCCCUGCAGACAUAUAACAAUAUAGAAGUUAAAUCUGAACUAGAUGAAAGCAGUUAUGGACAGGAAUCUGUAUUAGAUGGGUAUUGUUUAGAUUCAGAGGGUAUUAAAAUCGAAAACCAUGUAUUAGAAGAUGUCUCUAAUGAAAUUAAAGUUGAAAUAAAAAAAGAACUGGAGGAGUGUUGUAGCAUUGGUGCUCUACAGGAUAUUACAAUGGAAGUUGCAAUUACCAAACCGUCCAAUUCUCAAAAAGUAGAUUUGAGAACAUAUUAUACUGGUGAUAGACCAUAUGAAUGUGAAAUUUGUAGUAAGCGGUUUUCCCGCAAAAGUACUUUAAUUUAUCACAUGAGAGUUCACACUGGUGAAAAACCAUAUGAAUGUGAAAUUUGUAGUAAACAGUUUUCUUUUAAAAGUACUUUACCACAUCAUAUGAGAAUUCAUACUGGUGAAAGACCUUAUGAAUGUGAAAUUUGUAGUAAGCAGUUUACUAAAUUUAGUAAUUUAAGUAGGCAUAAAAUAGCUCACACUAGUGAAAAACCUUAUAAAUGUGAAAUUUGUAGUAAGCGUUUUACUAGAAUAAGUCAUUUUAAUUCACAUAAAAUGGUUCACACUAGUGAAAAAUCUUAUAAAUGUGAAAUUUGUAAUAAUCUGUUUACUACAAAAAGUAGUUUAAAGGUGCAUAUGAGAAUUCACACUGGUGAAAUACCUUAUAAAUGUGAAAUUUGUGGUAAGCAGUUUAGGCAACUAAAUGCUUUAAAUUAUCACAUGAAAGUACACACUGGUGAAAAACCAUAUAAAUGUGAAAUUUGUAGUAAGCAGUUUACUAUAAAAGGUACUUUAAAUAGGCAUAAAAGAAUUCACACUAGUGAAAAACCUUAUAAAUGUGAAAUAUGUAGUAAGCAGUUUUCCCAAAAAAAUACUUUAAUUUAUCACAUGAGAGUUCACACUAGUGAAAAACAUUAUAAAUGUGAAAUUUGUAAUAAUCUGUUAACUACAAAAAGUAAUUUAAAGGUGCAUAUGAGAAUUCACACUGGUGAAAUACCUUAUGAAUGUGAAAUUUGUAGUAAGCAGUUUACUCAAUUUAGUAAUUUAAGUAGGCAUAAAAUAGUUCACACUAGUGAAAAACAUUAUAAAUGUGAAAUUUGUAAUAAUCUGUUUACUACAAAAAGUAAUUUAAAGGUGCAUAUGAGAAUUCACACUGGUGAAAUACCUUAUAAAUGUGAAAUUUGUAGUAAGCAGUUUAGGCAACUAAAUGCUCUAAAUUAUCACAUGAAAGUUCAUAGUGGUGAAAAGCCUUAUAAAUGUGAAAUUUGUAGUAAGCAGUUUAGGCAACUAAAUGCUCUAAAUUAUCACAUGAAAGUUCAUAGUGGUGAAAAGCCUUAUAAAUGUGAAAUUUGUAGUAAGCAGUUUACUAUGAAAGGUACUUUAAAUACGCAUAAAAGAAUUCACACUAGUGAAAAACCUUAUAAAUGUGAAAUAUGUAGUAAGCAGUUUUCCCACAAAAGUACUUUAAUUUAUCACAUGAGAGUUCACCCUGGUGAAAAACCAUAUAAAUGUGCAAAUUGUAGUAAACAGUUUUCUUCUAAAAGUACUUUACCACAUCAUAUGAGAAUUCAUACUGGUGAAAUACCUUAUGAAUGUGAAAUUUGUAGUAAGCAGUUUACUCAGUUUAGUAAUUUAAGUACGCAUAAAAUAGUUCACACUAGUGAAAAACCCUAUAAAUAAAUGUGAAAUUUGUAAUAAUCUGUUUACUACAAAAAGUAAUUUAAAGGUGCAUAUGAGAAUUCACACUGGUGAAAUACCUUAUAAAUGUGAAAUAUGUAGUAAGCCGUUUAGGCAACUAAAUGUUCUAAAUUAUCACAUUAAAGUUCGUAGUGGUGAAAAAUCCUUAUAAAUGUGAAAUUUGUAGUAAGCUGUUUACUUCAAAACAUGGUUUAAAGAUACACAUGACAAUUCACACUGGUGAACGACCUUAUAAAUGUGAAAUCUGUAAUAAGCAGUUUAGUCAACUAAAUAGUUUAAAUUAUCAUAUUAGAGAUCAUACUGGUGAAAAACCUUAAAAAUCUGAAAUUUGUAGCAAGCACCUGUUCUCAAGUAAAUAGUUUAAAUUGUCAUAUGAGAGUUCAUAGUGGUGAAAAACCUUAUAAAUGUGAAAUUUUUAAUAAUCUGUUUACUACAAAAAGUAAUAUAAAGCAGCAUAUGAGUCUUCACAGUGUGGAAAAACCUUAUAAAUGUGAAAUCUGUAGUAAGCAGUUUACUCAAAUUAGUAAUUUAAAUACUGAUAUCAAAUGUCUUAGCGACUUAUUAAAAAAAAAUAGGUCUGGCUAAUUGGUUUAUGCCAAAUCCAUUUACAAAUAAAAAAAAUGUCUUAGUGGUGAAAAAUCUUAUGAAUGUGAAAUUUGUAGUAAGCAGUUUACUAUAAAAGGUAAUUUAAGUACUCAUAAAAUGAUUCACACUAAUGAAAAACCUUAUAUGUAAAUGUGAAAUAUGCUUUAAAACAGGGCUUCCCAAACUUAUUCGUACUGUGAUGCUCUUGAGACUUUGCUAUUUUUUUGCGACGCCCCUCAAGAAGAACCUCAAUAAAAACUUACCAAUUUUAGUAAGUACAUACUAGCCUAGUAAAAGGUUAUAGUUACAUAAUAUAACAAAAAAACUAUUUGAACAUUUAUAUUUUUAUUAGAAAUUAAGAACGAAAUCAAAACAUAGGCACAAAAAUAAAAAGGGAUAUUUUUUUAUGUAACUGGUUAAUGUGAGGGAUGUGCUUGCUUUUUUGAGCACAGCUUAUGAAACCGGGGCUCCAAUUUGGAAAUUGCCACUCUCAUUUCUUUUUUGUUUAUGUUUGACCUGUACUUGUUUUUAAUUACUGUCACUGCAGAAAAGUCCGUUUCGCACAAGUACAAAGUCUCAGAUGGUAAUAAACUCUUUACUGUUGCAGUGCUGAUGGCAUGAUAUUCAUGAGAAACUGAGCUCCAAAAUUCAAACAGUUUGUCCUUGUUGUAUUGAAGCUUUAGGCUGGAUUCACAGGACAAUUCUGUCAGUUGUUCUUCCUCUGUUGAAAGUGUCGAUGAUGUGGAUAACUGGAAAGGGUUUCUGACCCUAAAAUAUUACUCCAGAUCUUCGGGAAAAUAUUUCUCAGUGUUCGCUCAAUGAUAUGUGUUGUGUAAACAUAUUUUUUAAAGAGGGAUCGAGGAUUUCUAUCGAUUUUUCUUGUAGAAUACCUUGUAAAGAAGGGAAACAGUCAAUUUCUUGAUCUUCUAAUUUUCUCUUCCAUAAGAGCAACUCCUUCUGAAACCCAGUAAUUUUAUCCGCCAAUUGCAGGAUAAGAGUAUUGUAAUAAAUACAUUUUCUGUAUUAAAAGUCCGCUCUGACACGCGACGCCCCUGAUGGGACAACUCGGUGACGCACAGUUUGGGAAGCCCUGUUGUAAAAGGUUUUCUCAAAAAAGUGAUUUAAAUAAACAUAUGGCAGUUCACACUGGUGAAAAAAAAUUAAUUUUUCGUGGGAAAAAUGUAUGUUUUCAACCGAUUUUUCAUAAAUAACUCAAAAACUAAACUAAGUUUUUCCAAAAAAGUUAUAAUUACCAAAAUUGAAGCUAAUAAAAAAUGAAAUAAACUCCUUGCUGGAAAAACCUUUUAAUGUUAACUAAAAGUGAGUUAUAGGUAUUUGAAGGUAUAUUUUUUUCGGCGAGUACCCAAAUCUACGUAUUCAAGCUAAAAUUACGGGAAAAUGAUACAUUUUAUAACAUAAACUUAUUAAACAUUUGUGAAAGUACUUAGAAAUAUCUAUCAAAUGAGAUUCCGAACAAGUUGAUAGCAUUAAAAUUUAUGCUCCAACAAUUUUUCAAACUUUAUCUUUUAAAAACUUUUCCAAAAACUGUUAUCGUUUUUUUUUAAUACCUCCGUUAAUUUUUGCGAUAUCAGAUUCACCUAAACACGAUUUGAAAGAUAAUUCCAAAAGCUAUUAAAACACGUUAAACUUAAUUUUUUAAACUUCUUACUUUUUUAAAAAUAAAAGGUUAAAUGGCCACGGUUACAUACUUAUCGCAGCACAAUUUAAGCUUUAAACGUUGCUAUCUCGGUUAUUUUUCAUUCUACACAAAUAGUAAAAGAGGUAAAAUAUUUGAUAUAGAAAAAACUAAAAUUUGCAUAUACAUAUACCAUUUUUAACGUAUUUGGAGUUAUUAUCAAAAGAAAAUGAUUUAAAAAUUAUGAUUUUUUUUAAAUUGUAUCUUUUUUUCAAAAAUGUGCAUUCUAAAAAGGUAAAAAGUGUUGAAAUCAUUACGCUAAUACAACGAAAUUAUUGUAAGGAUUUCUAUAAAUUUUAAUUUUUGUGGAAAUGGCGUAUGUUUUAUUUUUCACUUUUUUCUAAAAAAUUCUAACCUAACGGGGUCUCUUAUUUUCAUCAACUUCCUUAAUUUUGAUGGUAUUAACUUCUUCUGGAGCUCAUUUGAUAGGUACUCUGAAAUACUUUGACAAGUUUUAGCAGGUAUAUUUUAUAAAGUGCAUCGUUUUUUCGUUAUUUAAGCUUGAAUACUUAGAUUUGAGUACUCGUCGAAAAAAAUAUACAUUCAAUUACAUAUAACUCAAUUUGAAUUAACAUUAGCUUAGUUCUUUAAGUGAAGAGUGUAUUCAAUUUUUUUAUUAUCUUCAAUUUUGCUAAUAAUAACAUUUUUGUAAAAGCUUAUAGUUUUUGAGUUAUACGUGAA